UGGGGGAUUUCGAAGUGAGACGUUUCACCGAUACACGCACUGUGGUGCUUGUUAUCGCGUGGGCAUUGUGAGAUGGAUAGAGACUCACUUCUUAUGGCAGUUUCUUCUCUCCUAGAUCCAACUAUUGAUAACGAUCAGCGAAGUAAAUGCUUCAUGGUAGCUGAGAAUUACAAAAAUGAGCAAUUCCAGUAUGCUGAUGUUGACUUUCUGUGUAAUCCGAACCAGCCUUCUGCUAUCAUACUUUUUGGACUUCAGUGUUUAGAUCAUUACUUAAAAAAUCAUUGGGGUCAGAUGGGGUUUCAUGCGAAAUCCAGCCUGAAACAAAAUAUUUUUAAACUUUCAAGAGAAAUAAAUAAUUUUCGGUUUUCUAGAGAAGAAAUGCGCGCUUUCACUCUAAUGUUGAGUCAAAUUAUCGUUUUCCUCAUCAAGUGUGAAUGGCCUCAGCAAUGGCCUACUAUGUUACCUGAAUUCCUGUCCCUUGGAAAAUUAGGGAUUCCCCAAACUAAAUUAGUGCUGAAUUCAUUCUUAAGAUUGUACGAAGAUGUUAUACAAUUCCAAGAUGCUCCACCAUCUCGACGGCGUGAUAUUUUAACAGGUCUGAAUGACAACUUGACCGAGAUAUUUGUUUUUGCACUUGAUAGUAUUGUCAACAGACUCCCGAAUGCCGAUUCAUUCAUCGACUGCGACUCACUUGACAUCUGUCGUGAGUCAUUAUGUACAUUGGGAGGGUUCCUGGAGUCAUGUCGUCUAAAUGUUUUGACUUCUUGGACCCCUUCAGAAAUCGCUAUCAAAAACCUCAACCUUAGUCGCACCUUGCCAUUUCUGAGUUUAAUUACUACGCUCGUUGGGAUUAGAAGUUUACAAACCGAUGCUCUAAGUUUGAUAAAUAUCUUGCUAUCCAGACGAAUACAACCGGGAUCCGAAAUUCCAGAUUCAUAUGGCCCAACUAUAGCUGACAGUUUUCUGAAAGAGCCUUUGGGAUCUUCAUCUCCAUGCAAUAAUCUCAUAAAAGUUUUAUGUUCUACAUUAUCCGAAAAUCCCGAGUAUUCUGAUGAACGUUACAACUUCUUAAGGCUAUUUGGUGAUAUUGUGGUCCAUAUUGGUUGUCAUAUGAUUAUCCAUUGGAAGGAGUAUUCAUAUGAAUCCGCUCUCUGCAAUUGCUUGGACAAUGGUGUAUGUGAAUGUCCUAACCUACCAUCACAUCUCUUCCAGGCAAUUUUACGUUUGACUGCCUACCCAAUCCAAGUGAUAUCAGCGUGCACUAACAAAUUUUGGAUCACCGUUCUUCGUUCAGACGAAAAAUCUUUACUAAAGUUAACUGAAAGGUUUGCGGAUGAUUUAUUUAGCAUUUGGCGAAAGAAUUCAUUAAAAGUUGGUCAACCAUCUGGUACUGGUAUUCAAAGUGAGUGGAACCGAAGAAUUUUCGAAACCGAUGAUCAUACUAGUUUUUUCUCCCGAUACCGAAGUGAUUUAGUGAAGUGUUUGUCAGCUGGAGCGUCUUGCUGGCCACAAAAAGUUUUACUUUUGUGUAUAUCAUGGAUUGAAACACUAAUCCAAGCAUCUCCUUCCUGUCAAGAUUAUGAUCCAAUUACUAAAUUCCUGUUAGCGACUUCACCACUUAUACUCGAAUGGGAAGCUUUAGAUUCGUUUCUAGAACCAUGUCUAUCAGCUGUUGAACAAUCAUUGGAGGCUCUUCAUAUUGAUAUGGAUGUUAGUUCAAAAGUAAAAAAUUUGAUUCAUGGGAUUUUACAAUCUUCAAAUAGUAUGGAUCCACUCCUUCGUGCUAAGCAUCUAGCUUGUUUAUCAAUGCUAUUACAACAUGUUGAUUCAAAUAAUGAUUCAGAACUUCUGGUACCCUUUUUAAAUAAGAUUUUUGAAUCUUUAAACUCUUGUCCUGUUGUGGAUGAAUCUCCAUCUUUAAUCGAUACACUUGAUUUUGUAAAUAGACCACGGCAAGUUAAAACUAUGCACUUAGCAUCUGCAACAUCAUUUCUUCGUUUCACUCGUGCUCGUCCUAUAAGAAUGAUGCCUUAUUUUGAUAAAAUAUUAAAUGAAAUAAAUAAACUUUGGAUGGAGAAAAUUUGUGGAAGUAUGGAGAAAGGUAUUCUUUUAGAAGCUUUAGUGAUACUUGGCUUUCGUGUUCCUCAGCCAAUCAAUGUACAGUUCAAUUUUCUUCAAAGUUUACUUGUCAAUGUUUAUGGUCCAUGGUGUGGUCAAGAUCCUUACAACGUGACACCACUUUCAGAACUAUUGCGCUCAUGUGAAUCUGGGGCACCUGGUUUAGUCGCAGUUUUAGGCCUUGAUAAACCUUCUGACCAAUUGGGGAACUUUGAAUCUCCAUAUGUUCAAACCCGGAUAAAUUUGAACCACAAUGUUCGUUCGUUAUUGGCUGUUUGUAGACGCCUCGCAGAACCGUGCAAUAAUCAGCAGCUUGAAAAUAUUUCACUACCCAUCUUGGAACCCGUUUUAUCACCAGUUCUACAUGUUCUUCGAGCAUUUAACGAACUUUGGUUACCGGAAACACUGAAACUAGUUCAUCCAACUUUACUUCCUGUAUUACAACAUACAGAUGAAAUUCAACUAUGUUUACUGAAUUCUCAAUUUCAAAUUAUACUCAAAUCUGUAGAUGUUACGAAUCCUUCGUUACACCGAUUGCGCACUUUUCUCAAUGACUGUCAUGAGAACUUAAUGGGGAUAGUUGGCUUUUUAUUUGUUUCGUUGGGGUCGAAAUUCUAUCGUUUACCAACCGAACAGUUAAGAAUUGCAUUGCACGAUGGUUGCUGUGCUGCAUUUGAACAUUUGCCUGACCUCAAGCUAAAUAGUCUUCUACGAUCUAUUCUUCGUCAAUUUAUCCGUCAGUGUCCUAGACAGUAUUUUGAAACUGCCAUCGCUCCCUUGGUCCCACCAGUAAUUGAAGCUGCUAUUAAGAGAACUGAAGCAAGAUGGAAUGAAUUAAUCAUGGCCGAAAGACGUAUCUGUGAUGACGAAAAAGCAGUUGCAGCUGAACUUGUACUAGACAGAUCAACUCGUCUAUUAAGUCGAACGUGUUUGGAUAUAUUGCGCUUGAUUUACACUUUCAAUGGCUAUGAAAUAUCUGAACAAUUUAAUCCUCCCAAGGAAGAUGAUGGAGAGUGCGAUGAUGAUAAUGAUGAUGUAGACAUGUCAGAAAGUAUAUGUGCAAAUGGUCAGUCGGGUACAAAUAGUUCACUUGGACAUUUAACAAAAUUAUUGGCAAAUAUGCACGCUAUGUCAUCGGAACCAGACUAUAAUGCACAGAAUCUUCCUUCAGAUCCUUUGUUCUUACGUUCAUUAACGAAAAUUUUAGCUUGGCCUGAUACUUCAAUUUGCUCUAAAGCUGCUCAAUGGAUAUCAAUUCUGGUUGAGAUGCUGACCAAUACCGUCACCCAGACUAAUUGUGGUCCAAAAAUCGCUACCACACAUUUAUCUCCUAAUAUUGCAGAAUUUAUUUUAUUCGGAAUCUUAUGUGGUCUACAUGUAAAUGGUAAAAAUGCUGAAAAUGCUUUAAACUGUUUAUUAUAUGCUGGAAUUAAAACUUAUCUAUCUGUGGAUAUUAUUGUGGCCAGACAAAAUUUACGAUCUGUUAUAAUUCGCGUUUUAAUGGAUACAUUAAAUGGUGAUAAAACUAAAGAAGGCCAAAUACAACAACAAAUUCAAAUUUUUGAGGAAAAAAUGUUUGGUAACCGAGACAAACCGGCAACAAUGCGGGCGAGGCGUGAUGCUUUCAAAAAAAUCGUCGACCCUAUUAUUGGAGUUCCUCUCAGCCAACGUUUUCGUAAUGAAUUUCAAAUACACAGUAUACCUCCUCUACACCGACCCAAGUGGAUUCGUAUACGUGAGAAAAGGGAUACAUCUCAUAUUGAAAACGAUUUCGGUCUUACAAAUUUAUUUACUAAUGCAACUAACUAAAUAAGAGAAAUUAUGAUUGUGUACAUUUCUUAUUAAUGAAGUUUUUGUUUCCAUUUCUUUUACACCUCUGACAUCAAUAAUUGCUUUUGUUAUAACUGAAAUUUUAUACCAAAGUUGACAAAACAGUCAGUAGUUGAUAUCGUUUAAGUUCAGCAUAAUAAAUCCUGGCUUAAGUGUCAAUCAUAAUCACCACUGUAACUCCGCCCUUCUAGGUUUAAUGCCUUGCUAACAAUUUGAACUCUGCCUUGAGAGUUGAAGGAUCUUCAUUUAGAAGAAUUAUAACGCCUCAUGUUAAAUGCCGAGAUUAUUCGGAAGUCACGAGACCGAUGCCCCUUCUAACAACCAGAGGAACAAUUAAUAUAGGUACAUGGAAUGUCCGGACAACGUGGGAGACAGUGAGGACUAAUCAAAUAGUUACGGAAUUGAGGAGAUACAACUUGGAGGUGCUCGGAAUAAGUAAAACCCACUGGACCCAAGCUGGGCAGAAAAGAUAAGGUUCAGUAGAAACGCUGUUUUACUCUAGUCAUGAAGAAUAAAAUGCUUCGCACACACAAAAUGUGAAGGCACGGAUUGGCAAAGCAAGGGUAGUAUUCCUACCAUUGAAGAACGUAUGGAACUCAAAACAACUGUCAGCCAACAUCAAAGUUAGAAUCUCUUAUGCGAACAUCAAGAUAGUUCUAUCGUACGGAACUGGAACUUGGAGAACUACUGGAAGCAUCAUCAGGAAGAUACAAGUAUUUAUAGACAAUUGUCUACGCAAGAUACUGAAUGUCCGCUGACUAGAUACCAUCAAUUACAGCCUACUGUAUGAGAGAACAAACCAACUUCCAACUGAAGAGAAAAUUAGGAAAAAGCGCUGAAAGUGGAUAGGACAUACAUUAUGGAAAUCACCAAACUGCAUCACGAGGCAAGCGCUAACUUUCGAUUCUGAAGGGAAACAGAAAAUCGGAAGACCAAAGAACACGUUGCGCCGGGAAAUAGAAACAGACAUCGAAAGGAUGAAUAGCAACUGGAAAGGAGGGUUCAAGGGUUGGAUGGAGAAUGUUGGUGGGUGGCUUAUGCUCUUACACAGGGUGUGACAGGCGUCCGUAUGAAAAGUGUACCUCAUCCUGAGAACUGUUGCGUAAGACACUUCCUAUGAUGGUUAAUUUUUAAAUAAUGUAAGUACUGCAUUUAUUUUUAUCCUUGCAGUGGAUAGACAAUUCCCAUUUAAACAUUAAAAACACGUCGUUUAGCGACCGGAUCUCUUUCCAACGAAUUUAUUAUCAAGCUGUACAAUGUUGUUAAAAUCUUAAGAACAAAGGGAUAAUAACCCCAGACUUAUAUGAUCACAUUCAUCCAACGGGUUCGACCACCCCGCUUACCGGAAGUACAUAGACCUGUUUUGGAUAUGUCGAGUUCACCAUGUUAAUGAAUCGGACAAUGAUUGAUGAAAAAAAUUGGAACUAGUUAGAAGGCAAGUAUCUAAAUAUUCUACUCAAGAUACUUUUUAAUUUACUGAUCGUGUUAAGGACGUUAAUACUUUGGAAAACACGUGUUCUUGUGUGGCGUUAAUUCUUUGUUCACUAGUGUACCUUUAACUGAAACGAUAUGCCAUAUAUGUGGUUUUAACAACAUAGAUCUAAGUCUGCCAACUGACCACUUCGAUUCGUUGGACAGAACUGUUCUCUGGGAUUGUCUAUUGAAGAAGGGUGUGCCUGAGAAGUUUAUUAACAUCCUAAAAGCCCUAUAUACAAACACCUCAGGCAGAGUGAGGGCAUACAACCACCUUUCUCCAUUGUUCCAUUCGAGCAGUGGGGUUACACAGGGUUGCCCAAUCUCGCCAUUUCUCUUCAACUUUGCCAUCGAUGACAUUCUGGAAACAGCUCUGAUGAAUGUAAGUAAUGGUGGUGUAGAUCUGUUGCCUGGAGGAAAGACUUCUCGACUUUGAGUAUGCGGACGAUAUUGUCUUACUGUGCGAUAAUGCCCAAGGCAUGCAAUCCGCACUUAAUCAGUUGGCAAUCAGUGUCCGUAGGUAUGGUAUGUGCUUUGCACCUUCGAAGUGCAAGGUACUUCUACAAGACUGGCAGGAUUCCAAUCCUGUACUCACCCUGGAUGGUGAGCAGAUAGACGUAGUCGAGAAGUUCGUGUAUCUGAGUAGCUGCAUAAGUGCUGGUGGGGGUGUGAGUGAUGAGAUCAAUGCACGUAUAGUGAAAGCCAGAGCGGCUUAUGCCAAUCUGGGCCACCUUUGGCGCCUUUGUGAUGUUAGUCUGGCUGUAAAAGGUCGGAUCUACAACGCGUCGGUGAGAGCAGUUUUGCUCUAUGCUUGUGAAACCUGGUCUCUCCGAGUUGAGGAUGUUAGACGACUCUCUGUGUUUGAUCAUCGCUGUCUCCGAAGGAUUGCUGGCAUCCAGUGGCAACACCAUGUCAGUAAUGCAGAGGUUCGGCAUCGUGUGUCCGGGCACAGAGAUGAUAAUGCAAUUGGUGUCACCAUCUUCAAACACCGACUUCGUUGGCUUGGACAUGUUCUCCGAAUGUCGUCCCAGAGAAUUCCACGUCGUGCAUUAUUUGCCGACUCUGGGACUGGUUGGAAGAAGCGGAGAGGUGGUCAGUGCAUGACAUGGUGUCGUGGCAUGAAAGAAAGCUGCAAAGGACUGGCUUCUGUUGGUCCUUCACGACUCCCUGGUUGGGGUCCGAGAGAUGGUGCAACACAGUGGCUAGGGACGUUAUCAGAUAUGGCUCAGAAUAGAAGCCAGUGGCGAUCCUGCUGUAACCUUCUUUUACUUUCUUCAUAAAAAGUGGUUGUAUCUUCCUUAACUGAAAGAUUUCUUCUGAUUGUACCUUAGUUUUUUUUCUAUUUAUCUUCGAAUUCUCACUGUUUUGUGUGGCGCAUAUAUAUUGGGGCUCUCUUGUACCAAUAUUCAUGUGUUUAAAUAAAUAAAUUUAAUGUCCGAUUCAGUUUCAACAGUGAAAUAUAUAGACAAAGAGAUGGGGUCCAAUUUGAGCAGACUGUUUUAUGGCAAAACUGCAUAAUUAAGUUCGAUGAUUAAUAGAUUCCAUCUAUACGUAAGAUACAUGGACGACACAUUUGUGACGAUAAUAUUGAGUUGGGAGAUAUCGUACACUCGUUUGACACAUGCUAGUCUUCACGUUAGAAAGCGAUGAGGAAGAGUAACAGUCCCUUAAAAAGAUCCAUAUUUUGACUACAAACAUGGAAUGGCCAGCCGACCAAAUUCUACAGCUGAAUUCCUUUAAGCAGAAAAACAUUUUUACCGAAUACACCGGAUAUGUUAUACAGAAUGCAUUGAGGAAGAACUCGCAUUCCUCAGGAAGACUCCAACGGAAAAUCACUAUCCAGACCGCUUCAUAGAUAAGAAUAUGAAGAGUAGUUUUGACGGAAUCCGGUUGCUUCGUUUAUAAAAAACCAUAUAAAUUUGGAAUUUAGAGGUGAUCGAACAUCUGAUGUAAUCAAAAAUCGGUUAACGACAGUGACAAAAAGAACAUUAUGCGGCAAAAGAGAAUAACGUUCACAAGUAGUAGCUUGUUUUCUGUAUCCAUAAACGAUAAGCUUUCCCGUCUGGUUGCCUCCAUGUGCAACAUCUACCAGUUUACCUGCUCUUGUGGAGUAAGGUACAUUGGCUGUAGCCAGAGCUCGCUUACAACUCUGACAUGGGAACAUUUCCCAGUGUGGUUCUACAGAGUUGAGAGGAAAGCAGUUACAAGUUUCAUAUUUGAACAUAUAAUCGACUAUAAUCAUUCUACUGAUUCAUAGUUUGAUUUUAAGGUUGCAUAUACGAUUCGUCUAAAUCUAUCUAGAUUUCGAAUCCAACUCCAAAAAAUAGCCGAAGCUCUUACUAUCCAUGACCUCAAGCCAGAACUAUACGUACAAAAAAAGUACAUCCUAUCGUUAUUAUUAUUUUUUAUUAUCGCAUUUCUCCCUUUACUUAUGCAUCACAUUCUCAUUAUUUUAAUAAUAAUUGCUCAUAUCACUUUAUCUAUUUCCCACCUCUAUUACCUUUAAUUGCCUACAAUUACUGUAACAAAAACAUUCUAAUCAUCUUACUACAUUCAUGUAAUAAUUCGUUACCAACUCAUUAAGUCUAAUGUUAUUAUUCGUAUCACGUAAUCUAGUAUUAUAAUCUUUCUACUACAUCAUCUUUUUUAUUCCUUGUUCACAUUUCCUCACGGAACUAGUAAUUUUCAUAUUUAUAUACGAUUGUACCGCUUGAUAAUAAAUUCGUUGGAAAGAAAUCCCGUCGCUGAACUUCGUGUUUUUUUAUCCUAUUGGUGGACAAGUAGUAAUCGACAAUCUAUCACUGAAACAUUAUCAUCAGGACGAACAAAUAACUACUGUAUAUUUUGAUCCUUGUUAAUUGCUAGUAAAGCAUUACUCCGAUAAUUUACAAGCAAACGAUUGUAUGUAUACGCAAAUGAAAUAAUAACAGUCAGCCAUUUAUACGGAAAUCCCAUUACUUUCAGAUUGAAUUAACUCAUUACAUGGAUGGCAUCUAGCAUACUUCUUUUUGGUUUAUUGAUGGUAAACCCGCGUAUGUAAAAAUCAGAUAUGCAUCACAAUCUGUCCCUAGAUUUUCUCAGACACCAGGCUUGAUGAAAGCUCCAAGAAAAGUUGUUGUCAUAUGACCCUUCAAAUGUCACGUGAUCAAAGUAGUCAGAAUACCGGCCUCCAUGACUUUGUUUCUGUGCUAAACUAAUAAUGCGCUGACUGGCACGAGCGGCCUUCAGUCAACUCUGAAUGGUAGCUAAUCGCCUUAUCCAGCUCUUUCAGUCCAGAACACAAUUCAGUCUCCGCUGUAUGAAUCAAAUACUUCAAACAUACGGGGUUUACAUACAAGCAGACCA